CGCAGCAGGCCCCCACGUUGUUUUGGAGUGUGAGGAGGGUCUGGUGAAAAAUGAUUGUUGAUAGUUAUAUUAAAUAGGUAACGCAAGCUGUAUGCGUUAUUUAUUUUCUCGUUGUUUCUAGUGUAUGUAUUCAUAACGAGUUUUAGUAGCUGUUCGUCAAAAAAGGUGUCAGAAUCAAAACUGGAACGCUGAAGUUUAACUAAAUCUAACUAGCCUGAUAGCUUAGCCUACUCUAGCGUGAAACAUGGCAGCUGUACUGGAGCUGAUAGCUGGGAGCUACGAACAAGUGACAGUUGGUUACCGAGUGAACACAGAUGAGAAAGAAUGGACAGCAGAGGCAGAUUUCACCCAUCACGCCCACACAGCAUCUGUAUCAUCUGUGGCAGCCAGUGAGAGGUUUGUUGUCACAGGGAGCAAAGAUGAGACUAUUCAGCUUUAUGACAUGAGCAAGAGAGUUGAACACGGAGCUUUGCUGCAUCAUGACGGUACCAUUACCUGCCUGGAGUUUUACGGGACAGCUCAUUUACUGAGUGGAGGAGAGGAUGGACUCGUCUGUGUGUGGAGCACGAAGAAAUGGGAGUGUCUGAAAUCCAUCAAAGCACACAAAGGUCAUGUUACUUCGCUGUCAGUCCACCCAUCAGGGAAGCUUGCACUCACAGUUGGGACAGAUAAGACCCUCAGAACGUGGAAUCUAAUCAAUGGAAGAUCAGCAUUUAUCAAGAACAUUAAACAGAAUGCACAAAUCGUCAGAUGGUCUCCAGAUGGGGAUAAAUAUGUGGUCGUCAUAAAUGAUAAAAUGGACAUCUAUGACCUGCAGACAGCCUCUGUGACUGGAACAAUCACAAACCCAAAGAGGAUCUCAUCUGUUAAGUUCUUAAAUAACUCCAUUGUAGCCAUUGCAGGAGACGAUGAAUUUGUGAGAUUAUGUGACAUAGGAAAAGAGAAAUGGCUUUCCGAGUUUAAAGCUCAUGAAACAAGGGUCAAAGCAGUUGAUAGCUUUAUGAUGGAGGACUACUGUGUGGUGGUGACUGCUUCAAAUGAUGGAUUUAUCAAAAUGUGGAAGCUCCAUCUCAAAGAGGAGCUGGAGUCACCCUCUCUCCUGGGGGAAGUGAACACAACAGCUAGACUGACGUGCCUCGCUGUGUGGAAACCAUCAACAGUGCAGCAGAGCACUGAGGAAACAGCAGCUGGAGCCACAUCUUCAAAAGAACUAGCUCAGGAGCUGUCAAAGACAAAGAGAGUCCGUAUUGCCACAGAAGAAGUCAUCCUGGAAGAUGAGAGCAAACCAAAAAAGAAGAAGAAAAAGGAUGGUGGGAAAAAGCACGUAGCAAAAUAAAUGCAUUUGAUUAAUAUUAAUGGACUCUUGCAAUGGACUCUUUUAUGUCUUGACUUUUUUGGUCACAUGCAUUUGCCACAGGGAGAUGAUAAAGCACAGCUGUUAAAUACCCAUGACAUGAAUACAUAUCUGCUGAUGUAAGAAAGAAAUUAAUUGAAUUCAGCUAAGCAACGAUAAAAGAUUUUUUUUUUUUAUUA